AACUGAAAAAAAAAAAACCAACUUUAGAUGAAAAAUUUAAAAACAUAUAAAAAACGGGCAAAAGAUGUAUGAAAGUGUUCUGGGUCUCUCUCCUCAGCAACAACCACAGUCAGAAAGACAAAAAAUGGUGGAUACAAAAGUAGAAACCAUCUCAAGAUUAGCUCAAUGGAGGAUCGACAAUUUUGGUCCUUGUUCUUACAAAAAAUCUGAUUCUUUUAAACUUGGUCUUUGGAAUUGGCAUUUGGCAAUUGAAAAAAAUCGAUAUUUGUAUGUAAGAUUGUUUCCAGAACCAUCUAGAGUGUCGAAGGAUCAUCCCCCAAUUGCUCGGUUUAUUCUUAGAGUAUCUAAUCUUGGUCUUAGUCGCAGACCCUAUAUUUCUCCCAUUCAUGAGCGACUGCUGCGUAACAGUGAUGACUUUGUCUGGCCUGUGGACACCACGUUUUAUGGCCGCUUUGUCAUUGAUGUGGAAUUUCUGGACUUGAAGAUCUGUCCAGCGAGUGGAGGACAACCGAAUUCUAUAUGGCCAGCACAAGAAACCAUGCAAUCUUUGACCACUCAAGGUGCCCUCCGAACAAUGUCUCGCAUGCUUUACGAGAGCAUCCAUACUGAUGUUACCAUCAACACAGCCGAUGGAACCCUGAGGGCCCACAAAGCAAUCCUUUCAGCAAGCUCUCCCGUGUUCCAAAGUAUGUUCCUCCAUGAUCUAAGAGAAAAAGAAUCUUCCACCAUCGAGAUAGACGACAUGUCAUUGGAAUCUUGCAUGGCCCUUCUCACCUACGUGUAUGGAACCAUAAAACCCGAGGAUUUCUGGAAACACAGGCUUGCUCUUCUGGCAGCUGCAAACAAAUAUGACAUGACAGAUCUUAAAGAUGCUUGUGAAGAAAGCCUCUUGGAGGACAUCAACUCGGGGAAUGUUCUAGAGAGGCUGCAGGAGGCAUGGCUUUACCAACUUGAUACACUAAAGAAAGGGUGCUUAAAGUACUUGUUUGAAUUUGGAAAGAUAUAUGACAUCAAGGAUGAUAUAAGCAACUUUUUUCAAACUACUGAUAGGGAUUUACUGGCAGAGAUGUUUCAUGAGGUUCUUACAGUAUGGAAACCAGCUUAAAUAGCCAUGAAGCGUGUCAUUGGUAACAUGUAAAUAAUCGCUAAGCUUCUCUCUUUUGCGCCUUAACCUUUCGAAUUCUUCCUUCCCUGUGUUCACCUUUUCUUCUUACGUGGGUGGGGUUGGGAAUGUAUAUCAUAUUUGUACUGUAAUAGUACAUGGUAACUUGGUAAGAUUUGUUGUGUUAAGAAUUAAGAUGUAUGUAUUGAUUUUAUGGAGCACACCGCUAGAUGCAGGUAACCACAAUUAUUGUGUAAUGAAUCUGAUGAUGAUAGACUUCAAAUGAAGUUUUCUGUUAUAA